GGGCUGAGGCGGGCACGGCGGCGGCGCGCCCUCUCUCAGCCCCUCGGCGAGUCAGUGCGUCCCGGUGUCGGCAGCCGCCGCGGCGCUCAGAUUGUGGAAACCUAAACUAAAAUAUUCUGUGACCAACAACGUCACAAGGACACCAAAAGAUUCUCCAGCAUAUAUAUAGUCUUGGACGUGACACAGUGAUUGGAAUCUGCUUGUUCACAGAUCAAAAAGGAACAGAGAGUUUCUUUUGUUUAACAACCAGACGCAACAUCCUAUCAUCUGCUUAAACAGGCCAAGUGGUAAAGGCAAGGAACCAUGGCAGAGGAUAGGAAAGAGGAAGCCAAGGCACCGCACUGGACUUCAGGUCAGCUAACAGAGGCUUCUUCACACGCACAUUCACCUGAAAUUAAGGAACAGGGUGGCACGGGUACCGGACUGGUCAGGAGUGCCAACGGAUUUCCCUUCCGAGAGGACGAGGAGUCAGGGCUGGGCAGCCACGAGCAGCCAGGGACGUAUGGCGGCACCAAAGAGAACGGGAUCAAUGGAGAGCUGUCGGCCGGGGACAGGGAGACCGCAGAAGAGGUGUCUGCAAGGAUAGUACAAGUAGUAACAGCUGAAGCUGUAGCAGUCCUGAAAGGUGAACAGGAAAAAGAAGCCCAGCACAAAGAUCAGCCCGGACCACUUCCUUUAGCAGUUGAAGAGUCAGCCAACCUGCCUCCUUCCCCACCUCCAUCGCCAGCUUCCGAGCAGACUGGAGCUCUGGACGAAGAUUUACUUGCAGCCACGAAGAUGGAAUUCCAUGUCCAGGAGGGCGCACGCCCUUUUGCAGCAGAACCAUUAGACACGAAGCAACGUGAAUGUGGGAAAGACAGUAAGACUUGUCAGCAACCUAAACAUGAUGCCUUAGUUCCACAGCCAGCAAAAACAGAGGCUACAGAUAAAAAGGAUUCACAGAGUAAGGACAAAGAAAAAAUGCCUUCACCUCUAUCAGAACAGACCCUAGUAACUGAUUCACAAAAGAAGGGGGAAGCUGGUUUUGCAGAAGCUGCUGCCAAGCCUCCUGCUUCUCAAGAACAAAAGGACUUGCCAUCAGAACUACGCAAAACAGAAGAAAAGACUGCAGAUGUGCCCUCAUCAUCCAACCAAGUUAUGUCUAUGAAAUUUGAAGACAUCCAAGAUCUUGCUGUCAGCCAUGGGGAAAGUCCUCUAUUGCUAUCAGAACCCAAGGCAGAAGCGGCGAAAAGUGAACUUCCUUCAGGCACAUCUCCUUCUGUCCCCAAGGACCUUUCACUCAAAGACAGUUUCAAACCAAAACAAGAACCCACCGACCAUCUGUUUGCCAAAGAUCUCAUUAAAGAUGAGCAAAUUCACAGAGACAGGACACUAGCUCUGCAAGAAGUCUCAGCAGUAACCGUAGAUGGCCUGAAAACACCAAGCACUCAAAAAAUCCCUGUGUGGGGGGAGGAAAAGGACUUGACCAAGGAUGAAAGUGAUGAGGAAGAAAGGUAUGACUUCUAUGAUAAAGGGGAGGCUCGAAUAUUAGAUGAUGGUAAAUUUACCCCAAAACCUGAAGUUAACACAGUUUCCCUAGACAAAGCAGACUUCCAGAAGGACGGUGAAGCUAAAAUGUCAUCUGAUAUUCUAAAAGCGGAAAAAGAGACAGACCAAAGUGGGCUCCCAGCAGCAGGAGACAUGAAAAAGGAAGUGCAACCAAGCACACAGGUAACCCCAGCCACAUUAAGCCAUGAACUGACCCUUGAGCAUCCUGACACUGCUCAGUUGUCCAGAAUAACAGACAAAGCCCCUCAGGCACUAAGUUUAACCUCUGACAAGAGUCCUUCUCUGGAAGCUUCUCUGGAGAAGGAUAUUAAAAAGGACACCAAGGCAGAUAAUACAAGUGUGUCAGCUCCUUAUCAAAUUAAAGAGGAGGAGGAUCGAUCGGGAAUGUCCAAGUAUUUUGAAACCUCUGCUCUGAAAGAGGAAGCCUUCAAAGCAGAUGCUCAGAAACAAAGCAGUGAUUACUAUGAGCUAAGUGACACUAAAGAGAGUGUAUAUGAGCCUUAUCAGACAGAUCGUCUAAUACCCGAAGACAAAGAGGAAGAGGAGGAAGAAUUACAAACAGAAUUGGAUCAGCAGCAGAGUGUACCUGCUCGUGAAACAGGGUACAGUACCCUGGCUCAGAGCAUUACACCAGACAAAUCUGAAGAACCAAGUUCCCCAACAGAAAGAAUGUUCACUAUUGACCCCAAAGUCUAUGGGGAUAAGAGAGAACUACACAGUAAAAAUAAAGAUGACCUAACUCUGAGCAGGAGCUUGGGACUUGGGGGCAGAUCUGCAAUUGAACAGAGAAGUAUGUCUAUUAACUUGCCUAUGUCCUGCCUGGAUUCGAUAGCUCUAGGAUUUAGCUUUGGUCGUGCACAUGAUCUUUCUCCCCUUGCUUCAGAUAUUCUAACUAACACUAGUGGAAGUAUGGAUGAAGGCGAUGACUACUUGCCAGCAACCACUCCAGCACUGGAGAAGGCCCCUUGCUUCCCCAUUGAGAGCAGAGAGGAAGAUGAGCACACUGAGGAAGAAAAAGCAACAGUGGAAGACAAAGUACAGCCUGAGACCUCAGCCGAACCACCUUUCCUGGCCAAAGAUUAUUACAAAAAUGGGGCUGUCCUGGCUCCUGACCUGCCUGAAAUGUUAGACUUAGCUGGGACAAGAUCUAGAUUGGCCUCCGUCAGUGCAGAUGCUGAGGUGACACAAAAGAAGUCAGUUCCUUCUGACACUGUUGUGGAAGACAGCAGCAUAGCCCUGCCAUCUGUGACAGAUGAAAACCACGUAACUCUAAAAGCUGAAAGUCAGCUAGAAGACUUAGGCUACUGUGUUUUCAAUAAGUACACGGUCCCACUGCCUUCUCCAGUUCAGGACAGUGAGAAUUUAACGAGUGAAACCUGUCCCUUUUAUGAAGGCACAGAUGAGAAACUGAGACGUGGCCUAGCUCCUGACCUGUCUUUAAUAGAAGUGAAACUGGCAGCAGCUGAAAAAUCAAAAGAAGAAUUCCUCAGUGAAAAAGACUUAGGUCAGCAGGCCACUGGCGAGUCUGUUCUGGCAAGAGACUUUGAGCAGGAGAGAAAAGAAAAGCUGGAUACUGUGUUAGAAAAAAGUGAAGAUCAAGUUGAUUCUAAAGAGAUCUGUCCCAUUAAAGGUGCAGAGCCAGAGAGGACAAGGCCCGAGGCAAUCUUAGAAAUUAAGGAAGAAACUGUGACUAAUAAAGUUCAUGUAACUGAUAUCAGGUAUGACAGAAUAUUAUCUUCAGAGAUAGCAAUAGAAAAGGAUGCUGUUUCUUUGUUGAUGGAGAAGGAGGAGAGGACUCUUAGUGUUGUUCCUGAAAUAGCUGAACUAGAAGCUCCAAUUAAACCAGAUUACAAUGCUAUAAAACAUGAUUUAGAAGUGGCUGCAAGGAGAGCUGACCAAGAAUAUCAGAGUCAGUUAGAUGCUAAGAUCGGUGAGGUUGUUUCUCUCCCGUCGGGGAAGGACAAAGCAUCUGUUAAAAGAGCAGAGCCGGAACCCAAAGAUGCUCAACAGAAAGAUCAGACUCUCUUGUCCAGAGAAGCAAAGGAUGCAGAUGUACUUUCCAAGGCUGAGCCUAGUUAUGUUAAGGACAGCACCAAACUGUCAGAAAUAGAAAUUAAGGAAAAAGUAACUAAGCCUGAUCUGGUACAUCAAGAGGCGGUCGAUAAAGAGGAAUCUUAUGAAUCUAGUGGAGAGCAUGAUCAAGCCCAAGAAAGUUUGAAUGGAGAAUCCUUGAAACCAGAGGAUAUCAAAGCAGAACCUCCAAAAUCUCCUGUGUCUAGGGAAGAGAUGCCUGCACAGUUACCAGCAAAGGAGCCUUCUAUGGAGCUUCUCCUUCCGAAAGCUGAGCCUCUCCAGGAAGAGCCUGCUGAGAUUCAGAUGGAGAGCAUACCACAGCCUGCAGAAGGAAUUGAAAGGAUUCCUGAUACAGCUGUGAAACCUGUGGAAAUCCAAAAGCUGCUGCCAUAUGAAGUGGCAGCUGGGGCCACAGAAGGGGAAGGACAUGAGGAAGAAGUGGCAGAAGUAGGGCAGGAAGGAAAAGAAGAGGAUAAACAGCAUCUUAGAUCAGAAACGCCCCCCGAAGUAGACUUUGGGAAACCUACUGCAGAAGAAACGUUAGCUGAGGGUAUCCCAGAAGCAUUGCCUGAACUGAAAGGCAUUAUUGAAUCAGUGGUGACAGUGGAGGAUGACUUUAUCACAGUAGUGCAGACAACAGUCGAUGAGGGAGAAUCUGCUUCUCACAGUGUGCGCUUUGCUGCUACUCAGCAGGAAGACAUUGAAACAGGGGACUCCCAAGCCGAAGAGGAGCUGGAGGUUGAGGAAUUGGCUGACAUUCAAGUUGAGCCCAAGGAUGGCUCCCCAGAAGCACCUGCUUUGCCCCAUAGGGAAGAAAUGCUGCUCACCGACUACAAGACAGAGACCUGUGAUGAUUACAAAGAUGAAACAACAAUUGAUGACUCCAUCAUGGACACAGACAGUCUCUGGGCAGACACUCAAGAUGAUGAUAGGAGCAUCAUGACUGAACAGUUAGAGCCUGUUCCUAAAGAGGAGAAGGCAGAGAGAGAAUUACGAAGAUCAUCUCUCGAUAAGCAUAAAAAAGAGAAACCUUUUAAAACUGGGAGAGGCAGGAUUUCUACUCCUGAAAGGAAAAUAGCUAAAAAGGAACCUAGCACACUCUCCAGAGAUGAAGUGAGAAGGAAAAAAGCAGUGUAUAAGAAAGCUGAACUUGCUAAAAAAACUGAAGUUCAGGCCCACUCUCCCUCCAGGAAAAUCAUUUUAAAACCUGCUAUCAAAUAUACUAGACCAACUCAUCUCUCCUGUGUUAAACGGAAGCAGACAGCAGCAGGUGGUGAAACAAACCAGGCUCCUGGUGUAUUUAAGCAAGCAAAGGAAAAACUCUCAACUGCCUCUUUGUCAAAGAUUCCUGCCUCAAAGUCUAGAGCAAAGUCAAUGCUUCCUCCAAGACCCAGCUCAGCUUGCUCAUUAACUUCUAAAAGGGCCACUUUUCUUGAUACAGACAGUUGUUAUGUACGGCCCUCCUCAGCAGGCCCAAGAGACUGCUUGCCAUACUCAAAAUCAGAUGCUAAGGAUGGAGUAAGCAAGAGUCCUGAAAAGCGUUCCUCUCUACCAAGACCUUCCUCUAUCCUUCCUCCACGAAGAGGUGUGUCAGGAGACCGAGACAGAGAGGAGAACUCUCUCUCCCUCACAGCAUCUCUUUCCUCUUCAGUACGACGGACCACCCGAUCAGAGCCAAUUCGUAGCAGAACAGGAAAAAGUGGAACUUCAACCCCCACUACUCCUGGCUCUACAGCUAUCACACCAGGCACACCACCAAGCUACGCCUCCCGUACGCCAGGCACUCCAGGGACACCCAGCUACUCCAGAACCCCACACACUCCUGGGACCCCCAAAUCUGCCAUACUGGUACCUACUGAGAAAAAAGUUGCCAUAAUUCGCACUCCUCCUAAGUCUCCAGCCACUCCGAAGCAGCUACGAGUUAUUAAUCAGCCUCUACCUGACCUCAAGAACGUCAGGUCCAAAAUUGGAUCAACAGAUAACAUCAAAUACCAACCUAAAGGGGGACAGGUUAGAAUUUUAAACAAGAAGAUCGAUUUUAGCGAUAUUCAGUCCCGGUGUGGUUCCAGAGAUAACAUCAAACAUUCUGCAGGGGGAGGAAAUGUACAAAUCGUAACCAAGAAGAUUGACUUGAGUCAUGUGACUUCCAAGUGUGGCUCUCUCAAGAAUAUCCAUCACAAGCCAGGAGGUGGACGUGUGAAAAUUGAGAGCGUGAAACUGGAUUUCAAAGAAAAAGCUCAGGCUAAAGUUGGUUCACUAGAAAAUGCCCACCACGUACCUGGCGGUGGUAAUGUCAAGAUUGACAGCCAGAAGCUAAACUUCAGAGAGCAUGCAAAGGCCCGCGUGGAUCACGGGGCUGAGAUCAUCACACAGUCACCAGGCAGGUCCAGCGUGGCUUCACCACGCAGGCUCAGCAACGUCUCAUCCUCUGGAAGCAUCAACCUGCUCGAGUCACCCCAGCUGGCCACCCUGGCCGAGGAUGUCACGGCAGCCCUUGCUAAGCAGGGCUUAUGAAUCUGCUCGUUUCGCGUGCAUUAUAAGAAGUAAUAAUCUUUAGGCAUGAGCUCAUGGCAGGAAUGGGCUCAGAGCAGGUGUUCCAUCCAUUCUUUACCAUGUCUAAAACUAAGUCACAUUCCAAGACUUGUAGUUACCAUACAGUUAAAAAAAAAAAACAGAAAAAAAAAAUAGAUGCAGAAAUUGGCCUGAUCUCCAUUUACAACAGGAAGACACUGGCUUUAUAUGGGUAUACAACUGCAGUAUGUUACAUUGGACAAUUAUUGUUGCUCUGCUCUGUCUUGCAUGGAGUACCGUACUAUGAUAAAAUGCAUUUUUACCUUUCAUGUGCCUGAAGGCCAUCCACCUCUUUCUGAAGAGCCUCGUUAAUAUCCCAAGUUGCUCAUUUCACUGUUCUGUUGAUAGAUGGGGAAAUUAAAAACAAAGAAAAGCUGCCCACUGUAAGUUAUCACAGGUUAAAUUAACAGUCUGCUUGCCAGAAGAAAGGGCAUCUAGAGAAAAUCAAGUUUAAUUAAAAAAAAAAAAGUGUUAUUUUGUAUAAAUGAGUAGAACAAAAGUUGAGUUAAGUUAUUAACAUUUUUUUGGACCAGGUUAAUUAUGUCAGUGUAUAGCUGAAAAGCCAAUAAAUUAUUUAACUAAUAACUAAAACUAGUAGUUGAAAACAUUUGAACCGUGCUUGGGGAAGUAAUGUAACAAAGCUGUUGAAAGCAAGCACUUCCACCCCACCAGACUUGUGUCUGAUUAGAAGGUUGGUUAAGCGGCUAGAUUUGUGUAUGCACCGCUGGGUUCGCAUCCUUUCCAUCUGUUUGAUACAGUAUUAUAGAUAUAUAUAUAUAUAUUUCUCUGUGGCCAUUUGUGGUACGCCCUCCUCAUAUACUUGAAUAUUCAACUUCUUUAUUCACAGUAUCUGUGUCUCUUGCACCCUUUGGUGUUGCAAUUUUAGGUAUGUAAAAGUAGAUGUUAGCAGGGUUUUUUUUCUCUAUUCAUAGGAAUACAUUUAAAAGAGGUGACAAUUUUAGCAUGAAGUUGCUUUCUGUAACAACUAAAAGCCGUGACCCUGUUUUAGUGCCAGAUGCAAGUCUCUUCUGUGAUGCUAGAAAAAGGAUUCAUUCCCUCUUCCCUUUCCGCCCUUUCUUCACAAAGGUACGAUUCUUGUGGGAUCCAGACAUUUGUAAAAGGGUCUCCAAAGAUGGAUGAGUUGCGAUUCUGGAGUUUUAAAAAAUCCACAGUAGUUUGGUUCUGUCUUUUUUCCUUUUCUUUUUUUUUAAAAUUUAAUUUUUUAACUCCUGUAGUAACAGUGAAAGUUACAAUUUUUUUUUUCUUUUGCUAAAGUUGAAACACAAAAGUAUUAAGAUGUUAUUUCCACUCCUUUAGUGAUGUCUCAUGUACACACUCAGGCGCUCAGGUAACAGUGGUAAACGUAACAGAGAUGCCUGUAAAUUACGGUACGUGAAUAAAUGUCAUGAGCUCCCUGGACUGGUUUGCCAUAGCAACCCAUCAAUUAAAUAGGGCAUCUUAAAAUCUGAGCGAAGUGGGAUUAUAUUGACUAUAAAAAGGGUAAGAAAAUGUGUGCAUAAAAGAUAAAGGGCAGAGACAUUUAAACAACCGAUGUAACGGAGUUACCUGUGAGGACUCCAACACGGUCUUAUGGACACUAAGAGAACACUGAAGGUACUAUGAUCAUAUUACUCAUCAGCAGAUAAUCAUCUGGUGAUACUGUAUGUACAGUAGACAUUAUGAAAUGAGCAGUUUACAUUCUUGCAGAUUGUUUGAUCUUUUCCUUUUGAAAUCUCUUAACUAAACUUUGCACUGUCAGUUGAGCUAUACUUGAUACAUGUAUUAGGUUAACAAUGUGUGUUGGAAGCUUUUGAUCUGGUUCUUUUCCUCCUUAAUUUGUGUGUGUGUGUGUGUGUGUGCGUAUGUGUUGGGGUUUGAUCUGAAACAAUUCAUACAGAAGAUUUUUAUGUCUGUGGAGGAUUCUAAUAAUUAAUAGCACAGGAUUCCCCAUCACUAAAUUCAGGUAGGAAAUGCACAGUUACUAGAGAGUAAAUACUCAGAGGACCAAAAGGGGAUUUUGACUAAGCUAUCACAGUAGUGCAAAACUAAAACCAAAAUGGUUACAACUCUAAAAAUGUUACCCCCACACACAACAUUUCAGCUCUGCAAAAAGCUUUUCCACACUAUAAAGUACCUAAUACUGUUUGUAAGUUGGUUAUUUGAUACAAGGACAGUGAGUUUAGAACCAUGCUAAGUGCAUCUGGAGUAAUUUAGAGUAAUCCUAAAAAUUCACAUGGAAACAGCGUCAAGUGAGGUGCAUUAAAAGCCUCUUCUCAUUUUUUCCAGAAAGAUGAUAGAAAGACAACAAUAUUUAUAUCAUGUUGCUCUGAUCAUACUAUCAGUUAAUAUAAAUUAACCUUGCAUGAUUGGGUUUUUUAUGCCUUUUGCCAGUGUGGGAGAGAGUCUGUGGUACUACUGAACCUCAGCUUCUCUGAAGCUGAGCACCAACUAGUGAGAACAGUGUUAGCCUGGGACUCAAGGGUUUUUAUUCUGCUUUUAAGAUUGACAUACUGUAGAAGCUUAGUUAAUCCACCUAUGAAUCCAAACUGAAAGUGGUGUUAACACACCAAGUCAUUUAUUUCAUGCAUUAAAAAGAGCUUUCUUGUCUUGAUUCAAGCAAAGACCUUUGUAAUUGCAAUCAUCCUUCCAUAGAAAGAAUCCUAGAACACAGUAAAGUUAAAGAAAACAAGAGGUUUGUGGUGUUAAAUGAAAUACAUAAAACCAAGUUAUGUUACAUGACUCUAGAUGUUCACUGGAAAAGCUCCUAUUAAUCUUAACUUCUCAAGAAGAGUGUUGGUUUUAAAAAUGACAGUUUUGUAAAUAUGUAAUGCCCACUGAAGAUGAAUAGAGCCAGCUUCCUGGAAAGUGCAUCCACUGUGUUUCUUUUCUACAGGUGUGUUGAGUCAGCACAUAUGUUGGGUGUCUGAGACCCAACUCUGUAACAAAGCAGAGAUAAUCCAGACAAAAGAAAUGAUGAAACCUUCUUUGGAUAGCUAGGGGAGAGCCCCAAAUUAAUAAUCCAUGAAGCUGUAGAGACAAAAGUGCUUCUGCCCUCUCUGCAGAGUUCUGUUUCUAUGUAACCACAAGCAGAAAGCAAACAAAGUUGAGCAAACCUCUGUCCAGCAACACUAAAGGAAAAACUAAUACUGAUGAGAAAAAUUGUGUGCCCACAAGGGCUACGUAUAUUUUCACUGUAUAGCAGUAAAUGGUAUUAUCCAUUCAGUGCUCUGCUAAGGUACAGUAGUAAUCUCAUCGUGGCUGCUUACAAAUCCAAGUUUGCCUAUAUACACGACCCAAAGGGAGUCCAAAGGCAACCUGUGUGGACUACCACAUGUAAGCAGCAGUUUUUUUCCAUGCUGGACCAAAUACUGUUAGAAACCCAAGUACAAAUGUCCCUUCAAAGGCAAAUGCCUUGAAGAGUAGAUCACAUUUGCUAUGAAAAUCAACACAGGUAGAUUUCUAGCCUAGGUGUGUGUUGAGUUUGCUCGCUACUCAGAUUGCUAAAGCAACUCCCUCUGCAACUCUAGCAACUCCCACUGCAGGAUGGUAAAUUAGUUUCACGCUUGGAAAAGUCAAGCGUAUAAAAGCCACUUCAACUUUAGCAAAGAGAAAAAGCCAACAAGUAAACAUGCUGUAUGCUGUGAUGUUGAGGAAUACAGUCUGCUGUUACAAACCUGUGUUUUUUCUGAUAAUUUUAGAGCCUGUUACCAUAAAAGAGGCAUUUUUGAAUGGCUGGUGGUAGGUAGUUCAUGUUUUUCAAUC